CCUUGUUUCGCUCUUUCGGUCCUGUACACUCACAGCGCUUCAGUACGUGCGCGUGAAGGUGCACAGGCUCGGUGACACUUGCACCCAGCUCUUUGGGAAUAGGAGGAAAGUCGGAAGAAAAGGUUAUUUUAAGGACAGCAAUUUCAACAUUUAUUCUCACCGUUACUGUGCAGAAUAUUGUGAAAUUACAGGAAAAUGGCAGAUUCAAUGACCCAGUCCGCCCAGAUAUCAUCGUCGCAGGGGCUUGCCGAUGGACAGAACUCUGUUGCGGCCAAAGACUCAAAAAUGUCGGAUUCCUUUCUUUCCUCUUCGCCUGUAUCUCUCAUUCAGUCUCCUGAAGACAAAGGGGUGGUGCUGGGCUCUGACACACCCUCCUCAGAAGGGGUGGCCACCUCCCUUCGCUUCACCAGGCCUUCUCAACCCGGCUCAUCAUCUUCCGCAAACUACGGGAGCGACCCAUCAUCAGGUCAGCCUGACAGAACGCAAGAUGAUUCACCGACUGUGACGUCCCCCGUGUCUGAGAGGAUUAAGGCACUUGAGGCCCUGGCAGCAAAGAAGGAGCCCAAGAACGACGGCGGCUUCCCUCACUUCAAAGAGCGUCACUAUGAGACGUCUCCUACUGCGGCGCCAACAGAGAGCACCUCACCCUUCCAGACAAAAGGAGCUUCCAUUGAUCAGGAAUCGCCAGAAUCCCCCUUUGAGGUCAUGGGAGAAGCCCGACAAGGGAGUGAGUUUGAAGAUACUGCAGACUGGAUGAGAGCUCACUUACCCCCUGUGCCCGACUUUGAAGAUGCUCUUGUAUCAGAGGAGGAUGGCAAAUCCCAAGAGAUUAAAGUGGCAGAUAAAGUCGUGCCUGAUGACCCAGAGGCGUUGGCCUGUGUCCCUGAUGCUUUCAUGGACUCUCCCAUUGAAAGGCCUGAACUGAAAAAUGUCUUCAAAGAACCAGCGCAGCAGCCUAGCGUCGAGGACGAAUUUGAUCUGAGCUUCCUACCUAAAGCUUACAUAACAGACACCCAAGGCCCCCCUGACCUUCAUUCCGAGCUCACUGCUUCGCCUGCCCCUCCUGCUGGUUUGGACUCUCCCUCUCCCUCCUCUGACUCGAAAGAGGAUUUGAAGACCAAGCAGGCCUCAUGGGGUGGUGACCUGGCGCUCCAAGGGGUAGUCAACAGCUCAGGAGACUCUGAGGACACCGUCAUCGAGGACACCGCCUCCAUUCCUGGCCCCUCUUUAUCAAGUGAUGCUACACCUGCCCAUAACCCCUCUGUUCCAUCUCUCCCUACUGAAGAAAAGGAAACCCCGCCAGCAAAGCAGCCAAUGCGGGUCCCUACCAUCAAUGUUAUUGAGACGGACGAGCCGAAUUACAGCGAUGAGGAGAUGGAGAUUGAAGUAGAGGAUGAAAAUUAUGAAGUUGUGAAAGAGCCACCAAAAAUACCUGAGCCACAACCAGAUGUGACUAAAAAGGAAUUUUCCCAAAUUCCUCCCUUAGAAUAUGAGGGUUAUUCUCCUCCCUCCUCUCCUGUCGACUCUGAUGAAUACUCACCUAAACACAAGAUCCUGAAAUCUGAUUUGGAUACAGAUAAUAUGAAGACCACAGUACCUAAUGAUGAGUCAAAGGGCUCAAGUGCUGAGGUUUCACAAGCACAGAAAGUGGAGUCUGACCACUCACAGACCCCCAAUGAGUCUAAUGGAAAGUCUUCCCCUUCUACUGCCAAACCUCCUGAGAAAACCGCAGACAACCUUUCAGACUUUCCAGAAUAUGAUGACGAUGACUGGUCAACUGGCGCGCAAGAUAUGUUAAUUAAAUUGAGCUCUGCUAAUGUUGCAGCUCAGGAUCUUCCACUUCGCCCCUCCAAGUUUGAAGAGAAGCCAGAGUCUGAUAUUAAAGAGGAUUAUAUGCAGACAGUUGAGCUUUCAAAACCCAACUACAUGGAGGAUGACGCAAUCCGUAAAUACGACAGACAGUCUUUUGAAGAUGAAGACUCACUUCCAUCCAUGAAUGACACCAUUGAUGAUCAAGAGCUGAACUUUAACACUGUACCUGAGCCUUCUCCUUCCAAUCCAACCUCACAGAUCCAUAUUGGAACACUACUCUCUCAAAACAAUGCAAGCCCUGUGGAGCAGGAUAUCCCCUCGAUGGCUGACGUGGACUCCUUCCCCAAGCCAGUUGGAGGCCAGCCAUCUCCCAGGGAGUUUCCCAAAGAUCCAUUCGCCUCUUUCCAGAGCGAACUGCCUGGCAGCACCCUGGAGCCCAAGACUGAGAAGAAAUUGAAUGAUGAAAUCCUCAUUACAGAUAGUGUUGUCAACAGCAAGACACUUCCGCCUCAGGAAGCUGAAGCAGGACACCAGUCACCAGACAAUACCAGUGACCCAGAAAGCAUUGAGCCGGACUGCUCAGUCUCUGGUGCCACGGACAGCUUCGUCGAGUUCAUGAGGGAGUGCCUGAAGUCACGACAGGACGAAGAUCCAGAAGACCUCCGUCAAGAUCUCACAGCCAAGGAUGAGUGUCCUAAAACGGGCGCCCCUCCCUCCCAGCCCACACCAACCAUGGUCAUGGAUCUGGAGCAGGAACGCCUCACUAUCAAUGCCCUCAAAGAGUUGGGCAGCAGCCAAGAGGAGGAGGCUGACCUCCAGUCUAGUAUCAAGGCUUCUGAGAAAUCCCAGUCUUCCUUUAUAUCAACAACCUCCGACCCUCCUUCUCCCCAAAACAAACCUGCUUCCGACGGUGUACAUUCCAACGAGGUAGAGGCCAUGGACGUGUGGGUGGCUGAGGCCUACCACCUUGCAGAGCAUGUCUUGGCAGCAAUACUAACGCACUUGUCAGUCAAGGACUUGGUGCACUGGCGAGACCCCAAGAAGUCUGGCGUGGUGUUCGGCCUGUCCCUGCUGACGCUCCUGUCCCUGGCGGCGUUCAGCGUCAUCAGCGUUGUCUCCUACCUGCUCCUUGCCCUGCUCUGUGUCACCAUCUCCUUCCGCAUCUACAAGGCUGUCGUCCAGGCCGUGCAGAAGUCCGACGACGGACACCCCUUCAAAGCUCUGAUGGAGAAGGAUGUCAGCGUUCCCCCUGAGACCUUCCGCAAGCACGUGGACGCCAGUCUGACCCACAUCAACCGACUCCUAAAACAGCUGCGCAAACUCUUUCUAGUCGAGGACCUCAUCGACUCCCUGAAGCUGGCUGUUGUGAUGUGGCUGCUGACCUACGUAGGAGCCGUUUUCAACGGCAUCACCAUCCUCAUCCUGGCUGACAUCCUCCUCUUUGCCGUACCCCCCUUCUAUGAGAAGAACAAGACCCAGAUUGAUCACUACAUGGAAAUCGCACGUACUCAAGUUAACACCACAAUGACCAAGCUGCAAGAGAAACUCCCUGGAGCCAUCAAGCGUACGAAAGCUGAAUGAUUGACCCUCAUACAUCUUAAUCACCAUCCUCAUCACAUUUAUCCCAACUUAAACCCCUUUCCCUCCCCCUCUCCCUUCUCUUUCCCUACGGUCUCCCUCCCUCCCUCCCACCUACCAUCUGCACUGAACCAGCUAGGUAGAAAAAACAUCUAAAAUGCUACUCAAUAUUCAAUGUAAACCGCUCAGCUUAACUACAAGAAUUUAGAAAAAGAAUGGUGCCUACUGCGCCGGCAGGAAACGCGUCUCUAACGAGAGGAAGUGAUGUAACGCUUCGGCAUAACACCUGUCUUUGAUGCAGGGGUCAAGUGAACUAGACUGAAUCAAUGACCUGGUAUUGUAGUGUAAAGUUGGGAGGGUGUAGGGAGUAUCAUUGACGAGUUAGGACCAGUGUUUGUUUCGCAAAAAAGCAGAUGUCUGUACUUUUUAACUAUGCCUUUCACUGAAUAUAAGUAAAAAAAUAAAUUUAAAAAAAGAGCUAACUGAUAAAUAAACUUUUGGGUGUAAUUUGUGGCUAGUCUUUUUCCUUCUCUCUGUGUGGCAGUUUUUAUGGAUAAACAAAAAAAAAGUUGUUUUGAACCUGGUACUGGGAUUUCACUGUUACUGAUUGGCCUGUUAUGGAGUUGUUUUCUUCACCUUAAAGGCUUGUAUGUAUAACGUUUCUGCAAUGCACUGAACUUCAAAUCCCAUGAGCAGGUUGAAAUAAAAGGAUUGGAACACUGAACCAGCUGUGAUACUUUUGGUGUAGUUCACGCCAUUUUGAUUUGUAGUCACAUUUUACCAAAUGCAUCCAACAGGUUCUGUCUUUCUCUGCUGUGUGAAACAAGUUGGCGCUGCUUUUUAGAAAAGGGGAACUCCCUCUUACAGCAGCCAUAACUCUUUUUUUUUUUUUUUUUUUUUUUAAAUGUUCAAGUCAUCAAAGUCUCAAGUUCACCUGUUUUAUUAUAAUUGUUAGUGAUAUGAUUAUUACUUAUAGGAUUGCUGCUGUAGACUCCCUUUUUAGCUCUGUAAUAUGCUCCAUAGUAUCUUCAUGGAGCUUCAUAACUGCUUGACUUCUCCAGUGAGACCUCUUGGAAAACGGUUGGAUAUGGGUUCAAAGACUGUUCGCUUUUUGGAAGGUAGUUAGCAGUAUAACCGAAACGAUGGGUUCAAGAAGAGGUUUGGUGGGUGUUGUAGUCACAGCAGGUUGGUGACAUCUUAAUUGGGGAGGACGGGCUUGUGGUUAUGACUGGAGCGGAGGCAGUGGAAUGGCUUCAAAUACAUCAAGCACAUGGUUUUCAGGUGUUUGAGGCCAUUCCAUUUGUGCCAUGCCAUUUUCCUCUCAGCAGCCUCAAAUGCAAUGUAUUUGUUUUUUAUUUGAAUGCCAUGAUGUGAAUGUCAUAGCAUAAGCUGGAAACACAUUUUCACACUUUAUAUAUAGGCUAUAUCAUAUAAUUUGUUUUGUUCAGAUAAUUAUUUGAUUGAUUUGAAUAAAAACUGUGGUCAACUA